AUGGAUGACGACGGCGAGACGGGCAAAGAUCCCCCUUUACGGGAGGAUAUUUCCGAGGAAAUUUUUUCCGAGGAAAUUGUUUCCAAAGAAACAUUACAAGACCACCCGAUGUACCUCACGGACACGGAAGAUGACCCUUCUCCUCUCCCAAAGACCCUUUUCCCACAAAUGCCUUUUGUGUUUGGAAACUCCACGCCAGCAUCAACCCCUCAAGCAAACUCCCCCGUUGAAAAAGAUAAUGAGUUGCCUCAAACUGCCCCUCGCCGUCGGGUUUACCAACCUGAAUCGACGGGACCUUGGGUAGUUUACAUCCGGUCCAAAACUAAUGGGAAAUCACCCAAUGUGAUUUCAAUCGCCCGGGACCUUGAUCGUUCUUACCCUUCCGUAAUCAGCUACCAGCCGAUGAGACCGCACAAGAUGCGCAUUGUUUUCGAGUUUGAUUGGAAGCCAGAUCUGCAAAACAUAAUCAGCCGAUGUUGCAAGUGCAUGGACAAGUUGAAACGAUACGAGGCGGAGGAUGAACCGAAUAAGGAAAAAAGUGCAACCGCUGCAGUCAAGUUACUGAACUAUAAACACACUGUCGUCAACGAUCGUAUUUCCAGAAAACGCGAUAUUUUGUUGCCGUCGAAACGAGAAUGUGAAUCAGUUGCCUUUAUCCGGAGAAAUAAGCUGAUGUCACAGCUCUCGGACCAAAUCAACAUCAUCCAGAAUUCGGUCCGUGGCACGUCGAGAAAUGAGCUAGUGUUGGAUUCAUUGGCUAGCAACAUCACCGAGUUCGUAUACGAACCGGCGAAUCAGUGCACCUUCGACUCGUGGUUUUCUCGUUACGCGGAUCUCUUUGAGAAAGACGCGGCACAAUUGGACGAUGCCGCCAAAGUACGUCUUCUUCUUCGGAAACUCAACCCAGCUGCUCAUGAGCGCUACACGUCAUACAUCUUGCCGAAACUCUCCAAAGAGUUCUCCUUUGACGCAACUGUCACGAAGCUGAAAGCCAUCUUUCGAACACCAGUGUCUACUUUCCAUCGUCGAUAUCAGUGUUUACAAACAAUCAAAGACGAAAAUGAAGACUUCAUCAGUUAUUCGUGCAAAGUGAAUCGUGCUUGUGUGGACUUUAAACUGCAAGAACUCAAAGAAGAUCAGUUUAAGUGCCUAAUUUUUGUGUGCGGGUUAAAAGCAGCAAAAGACUCUGAUAUUCGAAUGAGACUGCUGUCGAAGAUCAAUGAAACACAUGAUAUCACGUUGGAAAAAGUAGUGGAGGAGUGUAAAAGUGUUUUGAACCUGAAACAAGAUACAGUGCUAAUUGGAAACCAGCCAUCCCCCUCCACCUGUGCAUCGCAAGCGGUUCGGACGGACCAUCAGCAGCCGAAAAGUCGGAAAUUCGACGAGCGAAUUCCCAGUGGCAAUCCGAAAUCACCGUGCUGGGCUUGCGGCGGAAUGCAUUUUUCCAGCGAGUGCAAUUUCAAAGCGCAUAAGUGUCGGGAGUGCAACAAAGUAGGCCACCGUGAGGGAUACUGCGCCUGCUUUUCAUCGAAAGCCCGACCGAAGAAACACAACAACAACAAACAACGUUUCAGCAAAAGUGAACAGCGUUACAACAAAAGUGUUUCUGUUGGAAGCGUAACACACGGACGCCGUUACACACAAGUGGAAAUCAAUGGGGUUCCAAUUGAGCUCCAGCUCGAUUCAGGUUCCGACAUAACAAUAGUUUCGGAAGCGAAUUGGGCCAAAGUCGGGUGUCCCCCUACAACUCCACCUGAUUGCGCAGCCAAAACAGCAUCCGGAAGCAAGCUAAAUUUAACAGCUAUGUUUUCGGCAACCAUCAGCAUUGGCGGCGUGAAAAAACAGGGCAAGUGCUACGUGAGUGGAGCUAAGCUCAAUCUGAAUGUGUUGGGGUCAGAUGCUAUGGAUCAGUUCGGCCUUUGGGAUGUUCCGCUGUCAUCCAUCUGCAAUCUAGUGAACAGCCAAGAAGAAGACAGUGACAUCGCUGAACUUAAAUCUGCUUUCCCUGAUGUGUUCUCCAAACGUAUGGGACUUUGCCAGAAAACACAAGUGCAUCUUACCCUGAAACCUGAUGUCAAGCCCGUGUUCAAACCAAAAAGGCCUGUUGCAUAUAGCAUGGAAGAAGUAGUGGAAAAUGAACUUCAACGUCUCCAGGAUCUGGGAAUCAUUACCCCUGUUUCCUACGCCGAUUGGGCUGCGCCCAUUGUUGUUGUUCGAAAACCGAAUCGCUCAAUUCGGAUUUGUGCUGAUUUUUCCACCGGUCUUAACAAUGCACUAGAGCCCAAUAGCCACCCACUACCAUUACCCGAGGACAUCUUCGCCCGAAUGGCAAAUUGCACCAUCUUCGGGCACAUCGAUUUGUCCGACGCAUACCUUCAGGUGGAGGUGGAUGAAGAAAGCCGGAAGCUGCUUGUCAUCAACACCCACAAAGGACUGUUCCGGUUCAACCGCCUUUCUCCGGGAAUAAGAACUGCUCCCGGUGAAUUCCAGCAUCUUAUGGACGCCAUGCUCAGUGGUCUGCAGCACACCUGUCCGUAUCUCGAUGACAUCGUGAUUGGCGGACGUAAUCGGAAGGAGCUGAAACAGAAAAUCUCCCUGGUUCUGCAAAGGUUGCAGGAGUACGGAUUUACGGUGAAGAUAGAAAAGUGUCGGUUUUUCAUGAGUCAGAUUCGAUAUCUGGGUCAGCUUCUGGAUGCCGAAGGAAUUCGACCGGACCCGGACAAAAUUUCUGCGAUCACCAACAUGCCCCCUCCUCACGACGUCCCCACUCUCAGGUCUUACCUGGGAGCAAUUAAUUACUAUGGGAAAUUCAUCCGGGAAAUGCGCACCUUACGUCAGCCGUUAGACGACCUGCUCAAGAAAGGUACAUCGUUUCGAUGGUCGGAGGAAUGUCAGCGCUCCUUCGAUCGUUUUAAGGUUAUCCUUCAGUCCCCGCUCUUGCUCACCCAUUACAAUCCGGCCAUGGAUAUUGUGGUUUCCGCAGACGCUUCGAAUGUGGGCAUUGGAGCUCGGAUUGCGCAUAGAUUUCCUGAUGGUUCCGAGAAAGCAAUCUUCCACGCUUCUCGAAGUUUAACUCCCGCCGAAACAGCGUAUGGCCAGAUUGAAAAAGAGGCUUUGGCCCUGGUUUACGCUGUUACUAAGUUCCACCGUAUGAUUUAUGGAAGACAUUUUAUUCUUCAAACGGACCAUAAACCGCUUUUAACGAUUUUUGGGUCCAAGCAAGGCAUUCCGGCUUAUACCGCCAACCGUUUGCAACGGUGGGCCCUUACAAUGUUGCUGUAUGAUUUUAAAAUUGAGCAUGUUUCUACUGACCAUUUCGGGCAUGCUGACAUUUUAUCUCGCUUGAUUAAUAACCAUGUUAAACCUGACGAAGAUUUUGUAAUUGCCUCUAUACAGCUAGAAACGUCUAUCUUCACAAUCGUGGAUCAGUCGGUUGAGUUUCUGCCGGUCACAUACCGAGUGAUUGCCAAAGAGACUGAAAACGACCCGACUCUACAGAAGGUGCGGCAACAUAUCCUCAAAGGCUGGCCGGAAAACAAAAAUAACAUCAACUCCGAACUUCAACCUUUCUACGUUCGGCGUGACUCUUUUUCCAUUGUUCAACGUUGCCUCAUGUACGGAGAAAGAAUAGUGAUCCCUAAGACGCUCCAGCAGCGUGUGUUGAACCAGCUUCAUAAGGGUCACCCAGGAAUCGAUCGUACUCGGUCCAUUGCUCGAAAUAACGUGUACUGGCCGAACAUCGAUGACGACAUCACCAACCUAGUACGCGAUUGCAAGGAUUGCGCGUCAGUGGCCAAAACUGAUAAGAAAACAUCGCUCAAAUCUUGGCCAAUUCCGGAAAAGCCCUGGCAGAGAGUACACGUAGACUUUGCAGGCCCCGUCGAUAGUACUUACUUCUUAGUGCUUGUCGACUCUCUUUCCAAGUGGCCCGAGGUAGUAGCAACCAAGCGGAUUACAACAACGGCCACAAUUGAAAUUCUCCGCAACAUCUUCUCCCGGUUUGGCAUGCCGGAACUGCUGGUGUCAGACAAUGGCACACAAUUCACCAGUGAGCUGUUUGAAAAGUUCUGCGAUACAAAUGGCAUCCUACAUCUCAAGACGGCUCCCUACCACCCGCAAAGCAACGGACAAGCCGAAAGGUUUGUCGACACGUUUAAACGCACCGUUAAGAAAAUUCGAGCAGGAGGGGAAGGACUUCAAGAAGCUAUCGACACCUUUCUGCUCUGCUAUCGAUCGACACCUUGCCGGAGUGCUCCCAACGCAAAAUCACCUGCCGAAAUACUACUGGGCAAGCGUCUCAGAACAUCGUUGGAGUUAGUUCUCCCGCCCAGUACUUUUGGCGAAAGCAACUUCAAGCAAAAUCUGCAGUUCGACAAAAAGCAUGGAGCGAGACCAAAGCAUUUCGAAGUCAAGAGCAAAGUCUAUGCCAAGAUCCACCAUGGCAAUGAUUGGAGUUGGAUCUCAGGUGUAGUUUUGGAACGAAUAGGUAGCGUCCUGUACAACGUGUGGCUCCCCGAUCGUCAACAAUUGGUUAGAUCUCACAGCAACCAAAUGCGCAGCCGUUUCGACGAUCAUGAAGCGCAGCUUAUCGAUCACCAUGAGUUGGUACCAUUAGAUUUGCUCCUCAGUACGUGGGGCCUAGCACCGAACGCUUCAUCGUCAGAUUCGAUCAAUCCGGAAACAAGCCAGUCAACUGUUUCCGGUGUGGAACCAGUCUCCGAUACUCUGGUCGAGCUUCAACGUGGGCUAAACAGCGAGAACUGUCCGAGGGUACCAAGACAUCGUGGGCGAACUACCGAGGUACCGGAAGCAGAACUACAGCGUCGGUCAACCAGGAACCGGAAACUUCCGGUCCGUUAUGAACCCUAUGCUCUCUACUAA